AUGCGUCCCUUGCCACCGGAAUUAGCGAAAAUCGCACGAGAAGAAUUGAACGAGAUACCGGAGCGUGUGCACCAAGAUUUGGUUAUAUUGCGRACAUGGAUUUAUCAGCAGCGAUAUUUGUAUGCGCGUACAUCGACGGACUUCCUGAUUGCCUUCCUCAGGCGUUGUCGCUACAGUUUGGAGCAGACAAAGAAACGCAUUGAUGACUUUUUCACAUUUCAUACAAAGUGUCCGGAGAUAAUGUCGAAUCGUCGUGUGACAGAGAAAAUGUUAACCAUCAACCGCUUAGGACUUCAAUAUUUCCCGGAAUUUCCUAGAUGCAGUGAUCACUCUGCAAUUAUGAUUACCCGACUCAACUGUUGCCCCAAACGGUACCACAUGCGUGAUGUUAUGGCUUACACUGCGAUAGGUAUGGAACUGAUAGCACUAGAGAACGAUAAUGCUGCUAUUGUAGGGGUUAUUCAAAUAAUCGAUUUGUCCAAUCUGGAUGUUGAGCAUGCGGCUCAAUUGAGUGGCGGUCUCUUAAGGAAAUGGUGGUAUUGGAUGAGUGAUUGCUGCCCCUUGCGCAUAAAUGCAACCUAUUGCUUGAACGCGCCCAAAGAACUACAAAAUUGGUUAGGUGUCCUGAGAACACUACGCGUCAAAAUGUGUCCGCAGUUCUUUAUUCUGAAAUCUUUGGAAGAGCUGUAUCAAUAUAUUCCGCAGAAAUGUUUACCUGAGGAAUAUGGUGGCACCAAUGGGCAUAUGCAUGAGUGUGUUUCGUACAUGGAAGAUUUGCUGAAGAGCUAUCGUGACUAUUUUGAAGAUGAAGUAAAUUACGGCACUGUUGAACAUUUACGAAGUGGUGAGAUUAUGCCAUAUGAAGCGGAGUUUGGCGCAGAAGGCAGUUUCCGUAAAUUGAUUUUCGAAUAAAAAUUAUUGGAAAAGG